AUGGUCGCCCUCAUCGAAAACCACGCUCUCGAGACGAAGCCGUUCAUGUCCCUUUCGCCCAAAGCAGGGGCUGCGCAAGAGGCAAUCAAGGUGCAGGGCCGGCGAUAUGCGAAGCUCAGAGAUGAGGCCGGCGACAUUGACGUCCUUCGAGACAUUUUGAAAAAUAUGAUUGCUGAUUCAGAGAAACUCAUGCACACUCUGGUCCAGCAGCAAAGCACGGCUUUAGCCGAGCCCUUCGAGGUCCAUGAACGCCGCAUCGAGACACUGCAAGCCAACAUCGCUCAGUACAGACUACAGUCGCUACAUCUGGAGCUCGACGAUGGCGCUCUGGGCAACGAAGGCUGGGACGAGCAGGAGAGAAGCUCGUGGUUGAAGCUUUGCGAAUGA